AUGGAAAAGAAAGUGUGGGAAAACCAAACUAUGGUUACAGAAUUUAUCCUCCUGGGAUUUGGAGGCAACCCAGAGCUUCAGAUAUUUCUCUUUAUGAUAGUCCUGAUAAUCUACAUGGUGACCAUGGUUGGGAACAUUCUCAUUGUUGCUCUUGUUGUGGCUGACCAACACCUGCACACACCCAUGUACUACUUCCUGGGAAAUCUUUCCUGCUUGGAGACCUUCUACAGUUCUACCAUCCUCCCCAAGAUGUUGGCCAGUUUUGUGACUGGAAACAGAUCCAUUUCUUUCAUUGGCUGUUUUCUACAGAUGUAUUUCUUUGGUUCUCUUGCCGCAACAGAAUGUUUUCUCUUGUCUGCCAUGUCAUAUGACAGAUACUUGGCCAUCUGCAAACCUUUGCAUUACACAACCCUUAUGAACAAUAGAGAUUGCCUACAUUUAAUUAUUGGGUCUUGGAUAAGUGGCUUUCUAGGAAACAGCGUAUUGUUUCCUCUGCUGCAGUUAACAUUCUGUGGGCGAAAUGACAUUGAUCAUUUCUUUUGUGACUUCAACCCCUUGCUAAAAUUAGCAUGCAGUGACAUUCAUAAAAUAAAAAUGAUUUCACCAAAACCAACCAACCUUACUGGAGUGACUGAAUUUGUCCUUUUGGGUCUAACUGAUCAUCCUGACGUGCAGGUGCUGUUGUUCAUUGUAUUUCUCUUGGUUUACAUAGUCAUAAUAGUGGGCAAUAUGCUAAUAUUCUUUUUGAUCAUUGUAGACCCAACUCUUCAUACACCAAUGUAUUUCUUUCUCAAGGUCCUCUCCUUCUUGGAUGUCUGCUACUCUUCAGUUGCCCUCCCCAAAAUGCUGGUGAAUUUCCUGUCUGAGGACAAGAGGAUUUCCUAUAUUGGCUGUGCUGCCCAAAUGUUCUUUCUGCUUUUCCUAGGGGCUUCAGAAUGCUUCCUCUUGGCCGCUAUGGCCUAUGACCGCUAUGUAGCCAUAUGCAAACCGCUGAUGUACAUGGCCAUCAUGAAUGAGAAAGUUUGCCUUUCAUUAACAGUCCUGUCAUGGUUCUUAGGCAAUUUGGCGUCUCUGCUUCAGACAGUCUGGGUUUUUUCCUUGCCAUUCUGUGGAUCAAAUCAAAUCAAUUACUUUUUCUGUGAUAUUCCACCCCUCAUUAAGCUUUCUUGCAUUGACACUUCAUCAUAUGAGAUGCAGCUUUUUACAGCAACAAUCCUAGUUAUUUUGACCCCCUUUUCCCUCGUCCUUGUGUCCUACAUUCUGAUUAUUUCCAGUAUCCUAAAGAUGACAACAGUGGAAGGCCGUCAGAAAGCCUUCUCCACCUGCUCUUCACACCUCUUGGUGGUGACUUUGUACUACGGGAGUGGCAGCCUGAUCUAUCUAAAGCCCAAAUCCAUUUAUUCACAGGACAGUAACAAAGUUUUGGCUUUGAUGUACACUGCCAUAACACCCAUAUUGAACCCAAUUAUCUACAGCCUAAGGAACAAAGAGAUCAGUGAGGCAAUGAAGAGGAUGCUUUGCAGGGAAGACUUGAUUUUGUUUCUUGAGAACUGUUAA